UUGAAAUAGACUACCGGUACUUACAGCAUUGUAUAGCAAUCCUGCUUUGUACAUACAGCUGCUUUACUCUUCAUUGAAUGCACUGUAGUGAGGCUGCUCUGUCAUUAAACAUAAACUGAUCCUCAUCUUUAAGUACACUGGAAGCUGCAAAUUAUCUCAAGAUCACUUCAAAGGUCUCAUCAAGCAGAAGGUGACGUUAGGAGAUGAUUUAAAGGUGAAAAUGACAAGGUUUCCACCCCUCAAACCUUAGCCACUUUUCUGACAACACAGUCUGAGAGCUCUGAUGUCUUCUUUACUCUGGGAAUAGGAUUGGUAACGAAAAAGAACAUUUUUUUUUAAUCCUGAUAAAGAAGAUUAUUGGGAAGCUAUUUAAAAUUCCUUAUUGUGGUACAGAUGGAUUUUAAAAAGUGUUAGAUCUUUCCAAUGAACACUAAUAGAGUACUCUGCUCUUGGCUGGAUUACUCAGAGAAUGGCAAUGGUCUCUGCAAUGUCUUGGGUCCUGUAUUUGUGGAUAAGUGCAUGUGCAAUGCUGCUCUGUCAGGGGUCUCUUCAUCACACUUUCCAGCAGCAUCACCUGCACAGACCAGAAGGAGGAGCGUGUGAAGUUAUAGCAGCACACAGAUGCUGUAAUAAGAAUCGAAUUGAGGAAAGAUCACAAACAGUAAAAUGCUCCUGCCUCCCUGGGAAAGUGGCCGGGACAACACGAAACAGACCUUCCUGUGUCGACGCUUCUAUAGUGAUUGGGAAAUGGUGGUGUGAAAUGGAGCCCUGCCUAGAGGGAGAAGAAUGCAAGACAUUACCUGAUAAUUCUGGAUGGAUGUGUGCAACUGGCAAUAAAAUCAAGACCACCAGAAUUCACCCAAGAACCUAAUAGCAUCUCCUGGAUGAGAAAACCACUGAUUUACAGAGGACAACAUAUUAAAAAUUUAAACCAUCUCAAGCAUUUACAAGCCAAAUGGAUUUCUUAUUUGCACUUUGACUGUUGACCAGAUAAUAACAGUGGCUUUAUUGUGUGAAAUUAAAAUAUUCUAUGGAAAUAAUGCCCCAGAUUUUUGACAACAGAAAAGAAAAAUGAAGAAAAAUGGUUCUUUGGUAAAGUUUUCGUGAUUAUGAAGUUUGAACAAUAGUCUUAUACGUUUGGAUCUACAAUUUACUUUAUACCAUUUAAAAGUAUAGAUAUAAAUAUAUAUGAUAUUUUGAAAUAAAGCCUCACUCUUCAAGAAAUUAAAUAGUACCACACUGCUGUAAUACUUUUUUUUUAAUGAUCUGGAAUACACCUACCAGUUUCAGAGCAGUCAAAAGGGAGAGCAAACCCGCUGCAGCAACCAGGACACCUGGAGCUAUAAGAAUCAUGAAGAUAUUGUGUCAAGAGCUUCCUUUUUCUUUCAACAGAGUAUUGGAGAGAAUUACAUUAUUCCAUUUUCUUGUGUUCUGGAGGCUUUUUCCCCUUGUGCAAUACUAGCAUGCUGGCUUUACUUACAUAACUGUACUUUAUACUUAACAAUGAUGAGUCUAUCCUUUUCCAGGAAUAUAUUUUUAGAGCUAUUAGAUAUUCCAUGAAGAAGAGAAGGACAACUCUUGAAUAAAAUACAGUAUGUAUUAAGAGUUUAUUUGGCAGAAUUUGGUAGACUGCGGGCUGCCUUCUUAUUAAAGGUGUACGUACAAACAACAUCUUCAGACUUUGUAGAGCUGGCAUAGACUCCAGUGAAAAUGUGAUUGCUAACUCCAAAGUUUUGCAAUGUUUACUCAAGAAUACAAAAACUGAUUUUGUUUCUUAAUGUUUGAUUAAGAUGAGUUGGGAUUUGCAUAAGGUUUGAUUCUUGCUAGUAUGUCUGGGUUGCUGCUGUCUUAGUCCUUCCUAUAGACAAACUUGCACUGUUUAAUUAAACUGGUUUACUUAAACCGAUGAAACCCCUCAUCUGGACCCUCUUAUUUCAGUUUGAGUGGCUUAUUUUGGUUUAGCUUAAACCUAAUUGACUGAAGCUCAACUGAUAUAGGACACUCUUGAAACAAAAUAAGAGUUACCAUGCAGGGGUUUGUGCCAGUUUAACAAAAUCAGUUUAAAUUAACACCUUCAAUUAAAGUAGUCCCUUUAGUGGGAGUACUCAUGCGAAAAAGUGCUUGCCAACGUGCAUGAAGGCUACACAGUCUAGCCUUGGGUAUCUGUAAAUUGAAGAGGUGUAUGGAAGUGAAGAAGGUAUUUUAUCCAGUCCCACUUUCUCUUCUUUAAUAUUUUCAGUUUCCUUUCACCCUAGUUACCUGUGUCUCACAAGACCGCCUUCAUGCAAACUAAUCAGUUUUAAUCCAGUGUAGAGUAACAUCUGAGCUCGCUGACCCAAAGUCAGUCAAAAUUAUCCCAGCUUUCUUCCUCCUAUAGGGCAACCACUUCAGCACCUGAUAUUUCAGGAGGUAGAAAUUUGUCACUGUAAUUACAGUGUAUGUUAAAGCAGCAGCGCCAAGUGUCACACCAGACUCCACAUGGACCUUAUAUGCUGGUAACUGGAGUAUUGAGCCUCAAAAUAAAAAUGGAUAUAUUGCUUUGUAAGAAGUAAUUUACCACUCUCCCCUUAGAUAUUUGGCCGGUUUCUGUAAGAUCAAAACAUGCCUGAACAUCUUUUUUCUCGUGUGUAUUUUGAGAUCAGAAUCAGGCCAUAAAAGUUAAUGCUGGUUUCUUUCAACAGUCUUCCUCCCCUUCCCCACCUGCCCAUUUUACUUUUAGUCCAGCAAAUACCUUUCCCCGUCACUCUUGUCAAUAGCUCUUAGGGCUGAGUCCCGAGAUCCUUGCUCAAUCAAACUCCUAUUGAAAUCAAAGAGAAUUUGUCAUCAUAAGGCCUGAGGUCUUGUCUACAUGGGGGGACAAAUUAACUAACAGUGUGAAUUAAAAGUGGGUUGGUUAAACUGAAUUAAACCCCAGUGUGGAUACUCUCAUUCAGAAUUAAAGUGGCCUUAGUCUGAUCUAAUUUAAUUCACUUUGAAACUGAAUUAAAGUAAACUGUAUUAGGCCACUUUAAUUCUGAAUGAGAGUAUCCAUACAGGGAGGUAAUGCAGUUUAAUUAAUCCUCUUUUAAUUCACACAUUUUGUUAAUUGAGGCUAACUUUCCUGAGUGUUCCUAUGUAGACAAGCCCACGGGUAAACACCAAGCAAAGACAUCUGGAUUUGGCCCGAAGGAGGACAUCCACUCUCCACUUCCAUGUCCCUGGAGAUUCCCCUGGGUAGUAGAACAGAUGUGGCUCAGCUAUGCAUGGGAGAGUCUAGAUAGCGGCAUGAGUGUCUUGCCCCAGAUUUGCUCCCAUUGCACAGCACAUAGACCAUCGGGGCUGGGAGUUCUUGUGUGGCAGUGCCCAGUGGUCAGGGAGCCUGGGCAGGUCCAGUAAUCUUCUGGUCCUCUGCCUGUCUGGGCUGCAGAGAUCUAGAUCAGCCAAUAAAAUGAAGUAGCCUAGUAGAAUGGCUCUGUGGAUGCUCCAGGCCGUGGCUGAGAAUUUCUUCCCCCCCUCUCCCAUUCUCUUUGCAGAGAGUCCCACCUCACAAUCACACCUCCAGGCUGGGUGGUGGGUCCCUGGGUUUAGCCCUCAGGAAAUCAACUGGUAAGAGUGCUGCCAUGAGCUGAAUGCAUAGGCCUAAUUCUGGUCUCAGCUACAAUAGUGUAAGUGAAGAGCAACACCACUGAAGUAAAGCAUCAUCACUAUUUAUUUGUACUAUGGUAGCACCUUAAAGCUCCCAGCUGAGAUCUUUAUGCUAGGCAUUAUACACCCACAUGAUAAGAUUCAGUCCCUGCUCCCAGAGAACUUCCGAUCCAAGUGGAAGAGGCAGACAAAAUGUGGGAGACAGAGAAAGCCCUAUUUUGCACAUGACAAACUGAGGCAGAGAGCAAUUAAAUCUGUCCAAGUUCACACAUCAGUUGGAAAGACAGGACUCAGAACUCCUUAGUCUUAGAGUAGUGCCUUAACAACAAGACAUCUUUUUCGCAGCUGUAACUCAGAUUAGAAUCUGACCCCUUUAGCUUGUCUCCAAAACCCAGGGUCCAAGAGUGAGAUACUUGCCAUGUUUUGUCUCACGUGACCUGAACUCUGAUUGAUCACGUAAAGGUAAUUGUAAUGCUUGGGUCGGAGGUGGAUUACCAUUUUGUGAGGCCCUGGGCCAGAGCAAGUAGGGGCCCCUCCCAACCUCUUCCGCCUCCAGUUGCUCCCCCCCCCCACCAGCACUCCUGCCGGGGAGCAGGGUUGGAGCACGGGGGUAGAGUGGAGCCAGCCCCCACACCCAGAUCCUGUUCCCCAGCAGGAGUUGGCCGGGGGCCCUGAGCACAGGCUCUGUUGGCCUAGUGGCUAAUCUGCCACUGGCUUGGGUCAGCAAAAUUUUGCUUACUUAAGGAUGAAAUUAGUAAGUCUGCUAAAAUUAUAGAGAAGGAAAUAUUGUUUAUAAGAAGCAAAGUUUCUUGGGCAUGCUCAUGAUUUUGUCUUUGCCAGUCAGCAGUAUCAAAUAUCACUCCACCAAAUUCAUUAAACAUUUGCAAUUCUUUGAAGUUACUGCAAACUCUGCAUAUCACAUGCAGUAUUGAGAAAUUUCUGUUUCAGUUAAACGAUUAGGAAAAAAAUGAGACCAUGACCAUAAGUUCAUAACAGCCAUAAUGGGUCAGACCAAAGGUCCAAAAUAAUAACUAACAAAAUGCAAAGUCAAAUUAGGAUGCAGGCAACCUUCAUUUUUUCAAUGUACCCUCCUGAACAAAAUAUUCCUACCAGCCUAGUGGCACAAUGAUUGCAUUUUCAGUGAUAUACAGGACAAAGCCUUGUAUAUUGGAAAAGUCUUAGAGUUCCUUUCUUCCUUGGCUGAUGGAAUAUUGGUUUUUUGAGGGCAUGGUUCUCUGGAUCCUCAUGAGAGGACAUGAGUCAUGCCAUUCUUUGCACAUCCAUAAAGGAGUAUUGACAUCAUCCUAAGAGGAAGCUAAAGUUCCUGCUUUCUGGCAUAAGUACAAAUACAGUGAUGCCAGUGGGAGGGAAAUUAAAUAUUUGUAAAUGUACUGGAGAUAAAUUUUGACUUGUGUCAGCGUUUCUUCUUCAGAUAUGUGAAACAUGAAGCUGUUGUUUAAAUCUAAUGUGUAGAAGUUGGAAAAACAUUUAAAAUAUGGUUGCUACCAUAUGCCUAUUGAUUCAGAUAAUUUAAAUGAUGUACUUUUUAUCCAAAAUCUCUGGUAAUAAAGAGCUCAGUGUGGUAUGA